AUGCUGGCGAACAAGCUCGGAAUUCAGGACGUGGGCGACCAGCUCACUGGGAAGUCAGUGCUCAUCCGCGUGGACUUCAACGUGCCGAUGAAGGACGGCGUCGUCACAGACUCCACUCGCGUGAAGGCGACGCUGCCGACUCUGCAGUACGCGCUGAGCAAGAGUCCACGCUGCAUCGUCCUGCUGUCGCACGCAGGUCGCCCCGACGGACGCGUGCAGCCCAAAUAUAGCCUGAAGCCGGUCGCGAAGGUGCUUCACGAGCUGCUGCCCAAUCGGAAGAUCGUCUUCGUGGAGGACUGCGUGGGGCCUACGGCGGAGGAAGCUGUGAAGACCGCCAAGGACGGAGAAGUCCUCCUGAUGGAGAACGUCCGCUUCCACGUCGAGGAGGAAGGAAAGGGCACUGACGAGAACGGCAACAAGAUCAAGGCUGACGCGGCCGCUGUCGAAAAGUUCAAGGCCGAACUCACCAAGCUAGGCGACAUUUACAUCAACGACGCGUUUGGGACGGCGCAUCGCGCGCACGCGUCGAUGGUUGGCGUCCAGGUGCCUAUUCGCGCGGCGGGGCUGCUGAUGAAGAAGGAGCUGGAGUACUUCUCGAAGGCCCUGGAGUCUCCGGAGAAGCCGUUUUUGGCCAUCCUGGGAGGCGCCAAGGUCAAGGACAAGAUCCAGCUGAUUGAAAACAUGCUCGACCGCGUGCAGAUGAUGAUCAUCGCUGGCGGUAUGGCUUUCACCUUCAAGAAAGUCAUCGACAACAUGGAGAUCGGCAAGAGUCUCUACGACGAGGACGGCGCCAAAAUCGUCCCCGCUAUCAUGAAGAAGGCCCAGGAAAAGGGCGUCCAGAUCGUCCUGCCCGUCGACUUUGUCUGCGCUGACAAAUUCGAAAACGACGCCAACACCAAGAUCUGCGACGAAAAGGAAGGCAUCCACGGCGAGUGGAUGGGCGUCGACUGCGGCCCCAAGACCCGCGAAAAGGCCCGCGAGGUCAUCCUGAAGGCGAAGACCUUGGUCUGGAACGGCCCUCCCGGCGUGUUUGAGAUGCCCAACUUCGCUCAGGGCAGCAUUGCGUUCUGCAAGGCGGUCUCGGAGGCGACCAAGCAGGGCUGCAUCACGAUCGUGGGCGGUGGCGACACUGCCGCUCUGGUUGAGAAGGAGGGGUAUGCUUCGCAAGUCAGCCACGUCUCGACUGGCGGCGGCGCUUCCCUGGAGCUUCUCGAGGGCAAGACCCUCCCGGGUGUCGCUGCCCUCUCGAGCAAAUAA